AUGUGUAGCUCAAAGUCUAAAUCGCAAGAUAAUUUUAAUGGCGAUGGUAGCACCUCGCCAACUUGUGUUAAUAAGCGCCGGGUUCUUCAACCCAACUGCAAUCGCAUUCCUUUAUUGGAAAGACCAAACUCGCUGCUUAAAAAGACGACUGCCAAAGUGAGGCCGCCCUCAUCGACUGCCACAGCCACCCCUCCGGUCUCUCCUAAGCUGAAAUCUCCAAGACUGCCAGCUAUCAAGAGAAGUAACGAUUUGAACUCGAGCGUUGAGAGGCUGAUCGUGACACCAAAAUCCUUGAAUGUUAAAGCUUCCAGUGCAAUAGUAGUGAAGAAGUCCAAGAAAUCAUCAGGUAUCCUACAAUCCGGCGAUAAUGGUUCGUCGAAAUGCUCUUCCAACUCGCUCAUAGUCGAGGCACCCGGAAGCAUAGCGGCAGCUAGAAGAGAACAAGUUGCAAUUAUGCAAGAGCAAAGAAAAAUGCGUAUCGCGCAUUAUGGAAGAACUAAAUCAAUUAAGAAGGCUGUUCCUGAUGAUGAUAAUAAUCAUCAUCAUCAUCAUUCUUCUUUGGUUACUAAUAAUGCUGCUGUUCGAGAUCAAGAAAAGCGAUGCACCUUCAUCACUCCGAAUUCGGACCCAAUCUAUGUUACUUAUCAUGAUGAAGAAUGGGGAGUACCUGUCCACGAGGAUAAACUGCUGUUUGAAUUGUUGGUGUUAAUUGGUGCGCAAGUUGGAUCAGAUUGGACUUCAGUGUUAAAGAAAAGACAAGAUCUCAGGGAUGCAUUUUCAGGAUUUGAUGCAGAAAUUGUUUCAAAAUUUUCCGAAAAGAAGAUAAAUUCGAUCAGUACUGAUUGUGGUAUAGACUUGAGCCAAGUCCGAGGUGUGGUCGACAAUUCCAACAGAAUUCUCGAGAUCAAUAAGGAAUUCGGAUCAUUUGAGAAAUACGUGUGGAGAUUUGUGAACAACAAACCCAUAGCAACAAAGUACAAAUCAUGCCACAAAAUCCCAGUGAAGACUUCGAAAUCGGAAUCCAUAAGCAAGGACAUGGUUAGGAGGGGUUUUCGAUUAGUCGGACCGACCAUCGUACACUCGUUCAUGCAGGCCGCUGGCCUCUCAAAUGACCACUUAAUCACCUGCCCACGACACCAUCAUUGUGUUCAAGUUGCGCAAGCGCCAUUCCUUCUGUAA